AUGAAACGUGCUGGUUCUCGUCGACGCAGGAGACAGGUAACGAUGGAAGAAGAGGUUACUGUUGAAGGCGAUGCUGCUGGUACAUCUAUGUCUGCCGUAAAAAGUGUAAAGAAAGGUACAGUGCGUCGUAAAAUAAGUGGCAGGCCAAUGACCAAUGAAAUGGAAAAAUUGAUUUCUGAUUAUGUAAACUACAUCAGAUCAAUGGGUGUUGCUGGUCUACGACGAGAGUUUGAAGAACUAAAAAUGUACAUGCCGCCAAACAAUGCACAUGAGGCAUUUACAGCGAAUCCGUCUAGAAACCGAUAUCGUGAUGUACCUUGUCUAGAUGUCACACGAGUCGUUUUAACAUUAAAUGUUCCACCUGAAACAGAUUACAUACAUGCAAACUGGCUAAAAAUGGAGGGUUGUGCUCACCAGUAUAUCGCUACGCAGGGUCCACUCGAAUCAACUGCAAGCGAUUUUUGGCGUAUGGUACAUCAAGAACAAAUUACAACGAUCAUAAUGUUAUGCAAAACAAUUGAAGACGGCAAACAGAAAUGUUUUCAGUACUGGCCUGCAGAAAAUGGUGAAAAUAAAACUUAUGGAUGUAUGUUUGUUAUGAAUAAACGGUCUGAACACGAGGAUAAAUUCGAGACUUAUCUUCUGGAAGUGUUACCGGAAGGUUGUUCAAAUUCAACCAUUGUAAAGCUUAUACAUAUGACGGAUUGGCCGGAUCGUGGUGUACCACAAAGUGGGAUGACCGUACUCAGGCUAAUUCGAAUGAUACCCGCUAGAUCGAUCAGCAUAAUUCAUUGUUCAGCUGGUAUUGGCCGUACGGGUACUGUGGUAGCAAUUGAUACCUUGUUAUCACGUCUCUGGAAAAACCAACCAUUAAAUGUACCACAAGUUGUUAAAGAGAUGAGAAAUCAGCGUGCAUCGAGUGUGCAAAAUGAAGCACAAUAUGUGUUCAUCUACACUACAGUACUCGAUUACAUCAAAGCGAAACUGCCAUUGAAAUAUCGUGAAUUUGCUGUUUCAUUUCAUGCAGAAGUGAAGAAGGCAAACAUGAUUUGA